ACUUGUUGGCGGUGCCCAAACACCCCUACGCCGCCAUGGAGAACUGGGGGCUGAGCGUCUUUGUGGAGCAGAAGAUCCUGUUGGACGCAGAGGUGUCGUCGUUGUCCUAUCAGAUGGAGCUCACCAUGGUGGUUGUCCACGAGAUCUGCCACCAGUGGUUUGGCGACCUGGUCACUCCGGUGUGGUGGGAGGACGUCUGGCUGAAAGAAGGCUUCGCUCAUUUCUUUGAGUAUGUGGGCACCGAUUUCCUCUUCCCAAAGUGGAACAUGGAGAAGCAACGCUUUCUGACUGACGUCCUCCAUGAGGUGAUGCUUCUGGAUGGCCUGAGUUCAUCCCACCCGAUCUCCCAGGAGGUGGAACAAGCGACAGACAUUGACCAGGUGUUCGACUGGAUUGCCUACAAAAAGGGGGCGGCGCUGAUCCGGAUGCUGGCGAACGUGAUGGGACAGCCGUUGUUUCAGAAAGGACUCAAUGAUUAUUUGCUGAGUCACAUGUACAGCAACGCAGCCAGGAACGACCUGUGGAGUAAACUGUCUCAGGCCAUGCGUUCGGAGGGGCGGGACAUCGACAUCGGAGAGAUGAUGGACAGGUGGACUCUACAAAUGGGCUACCCUGUUGUCACCAUAAGCAAGAACCAAUCAGAGCAACUCCCUACUCAUUACAUCACUGUCAGCCAGGAGCACUUCCUGUAUGGACAGGAAGUCAGAAACAACAACAGUUUACAGUGGCAGGUCCCACUGACAGUUGCCGUGGGGAACACGUCCGCUGUUUGUUCAGAGAGCCUCAUCUGGAUCAACAACAAGACAGAAACACACAGGAUUGGUCAAAUGGGUGAAAACACCUGGUUGUUAGGCAACAUCAACCAGACAGGUUACUUCCGUGUGAACUAUGACCUCCAGAACUGGAAACUGCUGAUUCAGCAGCUUCACACCAACCAUCAGAUCAUCUCUGUGGGGAACAGGGCGGGGCUUAUCGAUGAUGCCUUUAACCUGGCCAGGGCAGGGUACCUCCCCCAAGGCAUUCCCUUGCAGCUGAUUGGUUAUCUGCCAGAGGAGCCAUCAUUCCUGCCGUGGCACGCCGCCAGCCGAGCGCUCUACCAGCUGGACAAACUGCUGGACCGCACUGACGACUACAGCCUGUUCAGUGACUAUGUGCUGAAGCAGGUGGCAUCACGGUACCAUCAGAUGGGUUGGCCAACAAAUGGCCCCGGCAGCGAGGGCGCCAUCCUGAGGGCGUCUUACCAGACUGAAGAGUUACAGAGGGAGCUCAUCAUGUUAGCUUGUAGCUUUGGAAACAAACAGUGCCACCGUCAGGCUGUUGCCUACAUCUCUGACUGGAUCUCCAGCAACAAGAACAGGAUUCCUCCCAACAUAAGAGACAUAGUUUACUGCACCGGGGUCAGUCUGAUGGAUGAGGACGUGUGGGAGUUCAUCUGGAUGAAGUUUCACUCGUCCAACGCCGUUUCAGAGAAGAAGAUCCUGCUGGAGGCUCUGACCUGCUCCGACAACACCUUCUUGCUCAACAGGUUGCUGAACCUGUCGCUGACCUCAGACCUGGUCCCAGAGCAGGAUGUGAUUGACGUCAUUAUCCAUGUUGGCAGAAACCCUCAGGGUCGAAACCUGGCCUGGAAGUACUUCAGAGAGAAAUGGGAUGUCCUGAAUGCACGUUAUGGGGAAGCACUGUUCAUGAAUUCAAAACUAAUCAGUGGAGUCACGGAGUUCCUCAACACUGAGAAAGAACUUAAUGAGUUAAAGGAGUUCAUCCAAUCCAGUGGUGUGGGGGCGGGGCCAGCGCUGCCACGGGCGCUGGAGAUUGUUGAGGGCAAUGUGCGCUGGCACCGCCUCCACCGGCGGCAGGUGGACCAGUGGGUGGGGGGGAGCCCCCGCUAA